ACGCAGUGAGCGCGGCGCGUUAGGGUUUAGGGGAUAGCGGUCAAACUUUGUUGUCGUCGUCGUCGUCGUCGUCGCCGUCGCCGUUGUCGUUGUUCACGAUCGCAAGGGAAUGGCGUCGUCGCUGCAGAUCCCGGCGGCUAUCUCGUCGAGCACCUCCGCCUUCUUUGGCCGUCUCCCAUCCAACAACAAGAACAGCAGGUCGUGGGAAGUGUCUCUUCCGCGCAGAAAACAUGGCGUUUGCAAGUGCAUAUCGUCUCCUUCUGCUGAGCAGACUGCUUACAAGACAAAGGUGACAAGAAAUGCAAAUAUGGCUAAGCUUCAAGCAGGUUAUCUGUUCCCAGAGAUCGCUAGAAGAAGGUCAGCACACAUGUUGAAGUACCCUGAUGUACAAGUAAUAAGUCUUGGCAUUGGUGACACUACAGAACCCAUUCCAGAAGUCAUAACUUCUUCCAUGGCCAUGAGGGCACAUUUUCUUUCAACUGUUGAGGGAUAUAGUGGUUAUGGAGCUGAACAAGGGGACAAGAAACUAAGGGCUACCAUAGCCUCAACAUACUACAAAGAUCUUGGUAUCGAAGAAUCUGAUAUAUUUGUCUCAGAUGGUGCAAAAUGUGAUAUCUCUCGCCUUCAGCUUCUUUUUGGAUCUGAAGUGAAAAUGGCUGUUCAAGAUCCUUCAUACCCUGCAUAUGUUGAUUCAAGUGUUAUUACAGGGCAAACUGGCUUAUUCCAGAAGGAUAUUGAGAAAUAUGGAGACAUCGAAUACAUGAGAUGUGUACCUGAGAAUGAUUUUUUCCCUGAUUUGUCAACUAUCUCACAAGCUGAUGUCAUCUUCUUCUGUUCACCGAACAACCCAACUGGUUCAGCAGCAACAAGAGAGCAACUUACCCAUCUAGUGCAGUUUGCAAAGAAUAAUGGGUCAAUCAUAGUUUAUGAUUCUGCUUAUGCCAUGUACAUUUCAGAUGACAGUCCACGUACUAUCUUUGAGAUUCCUGGUGCAAAAGAGGUGGCUAUUGAAAUAUCGUCCUUUUCUAAAUAUGCUGGGUUCACCGGUGUUCGCCUCGGCUGGACUGUGGUCCCAAAAGAACUGCUUUUUGCUGAUGGUUUCCCUGUUGCCAAGGAUUUCAACCGUAUUGUGUGUACAUGCUUUAAUGGUGCGUCGAACAUCGCUCAAGCUGGAGGUCUAGCCUGUCUUUCUCCCGAGGGACUGAAGGCCAUGACCGAAACUAUCAACUUCUACAAAGAGAAUACCGAGAUAAUCGUUGAUACAUUUAGCUCACUUGGCUUCAAUGUAUAUGGUGGAAAAAAUGCGCCAUAUGUCUGGGUACAGUUUCCAGGUCGAAGCUCGUGGGACGUAUUCGCUGAGAUUCUCGAGAAGGCGCAUGUCGUUACCACCCCAGGAAGUGGGUUUGGACCUGGAGGCGAGGGCUUUAUCCGGGUCAGCGCCUUCGGUCACAGAGCAAACAUUUUGGAAGCAGCCAAAAGAAUAAAGCAGCUUUACAAGUGAUCGAGAUUGCUGUCAAAGACUGCCCAAAUAUUCAUCUCAAUUUUGAGACAGCGCAAUCUUAUGCUAUUAGCUUUUGGUGAAUAAGACAGUUCAAUGAAAAUUUCUCCACCUUUUGGUUAUCUCUGUGGAGUUCAUCAACAGUGGAAUUGUGGUCAUGCAAGACUGUCACGUUUCUGUUUGUUGUUGCGAAUGGAACAAAAAUGCAAUUUUCUCAAGAAUUUCACUCACUUUUAAAGCGAAGUCAGUUGAUUAGUUCGAUA